CUUAUCUCGUGACCAUCAUUCUCUCUCAUUACUCAGUUUCGAUAAAUCAGUCGUCAAUCACUGAAAUCAGUGAGCAAUUGAUACACUUACCCUCUUAGUUCCAUCCAUAUCUUCUAUAAUUAGGGAUCCCCUCUCUUCGUUCUUCACACUACACCAUUCCUGUACUCACUUCCACCUCACCAAAAUGGCCUUCAAUAACGCGCAACUUCGACCUGUGGUUGUGUUCAAAAAUCAAGGGUUCAGGAAUGCCAUCAUCUAUUCUAAAUACCUUCGUUGCUAUCGUGAUCGCCCUAUCUAUCCAUCCUUCACCAUAUCCCCUUCAGCCUUUUCCAAAUAUGAUAUGGACAUCCCUUCACUCCUUGUUGGCCUAGGGUGGACUUCGUUGAUUGAAGAUCAACGAUUUCUACAUUGCCCUGAGGCUAUCAGGUUAUUCUAUGCCAAUAUUAGGUCCGAUAAGGGAGCUGAACCUCGUUCCUUCACCACCAUAGUUUACGACCAUGAGGUCUUGGUCACCCCUGCCCUACUGGCCUUAGUCCUUUCCCUACCCCAUUCUGGGCUUCAGGCUAGUUUUGCUAGUGACUUUGACAAGCAUGGGUUCGACUUUGAUUCUGCCCUUGCUCGUUUGACUGGAGAUAUUGGGAGGUUCUUUCCCAACCAGUUAUCUAUUGGGCUUCUUCCUGACGAUCUGAAAGUUCUCUACUUUUUCAUCACUCGCUGCCUUCUGCCUCGUGAUGUCACUGGUGCUGGUCUGCUUCACUCCCCUGAUCUCUGGAUCAUGGCAAACACACGAAUGGGCCAGCCAAUCAGCUAUGCCUCCCUCGUGUUUGCUCACAUGAUUCAAUUUGGCAAUGGUUCUCUCAAUGGAGCUCUACCAUUUGGUCGACUCAUCACUCGCUACUUGUAUCGUCUUGGAAUUGAUCUACGUGACAAGGUUGCUUUCUGCAACGUUCAUGAGGAUCUUCAUCCCAAUCAUGUCCUUGUUCGUCUGGAUACCAAUGUCGAGCGUUGUAAGCUUGUCUCUGCCUCAGGGGGAGACACUUGCUAUCCUCUUUUCUCUCAUGGUCAUCCAUUUGAUCCAACUGUUGUGCACUUGAUCCUAGCACUAACUCAAGCUGCAGUUAUAGCUCUAGAUAGUGAAAUCAAGCCUAGAAAGGUCGGUGGAAAUGGGAAGACCACUAGUCUUCUUGUGCACAAGGAGCGUCUAGAGCUGUUGGAAGCUGAUGAGGCAAGACUCGCUCCAGAUGACUUCGAUCCUAUAUCAUCGGACUCCAGCUCUGAUGAUGACAUAUCAAAUUAUGAUUCACCUCCUUCCUAUCCUUUCUGAAUGAGGCUGCUGCUCAGGGAGAGCUUUUUAAGAGAUCUUGGUAGUUUGAGUCUUUGUAGGGUUGUGUCAGUCGAAUGGUAGAGUCAUGUGUGGUCUUGUCUUGCUUGAAUGUUGAUUUGAUGUCAAUUGUUGUACUCUUGAAAUUCAUCAAAUAAAAUGAAAUAAACAGC